UCGAGGCCGCGGUCGUCUUCCAAUGCCAGUUUGAGCGCUUCUUCGUUCGCUAUACCCGAGGACACAGAGAGUGAUGUAAGUCAGCUGGAGGGAGAGCUGCCUGCUGAAGUUGCAACUGCAGUAUAUUCCUUCCUGAAAUUCCUGAAUGGCUCGAAUGUCACUGUCACUUCUACUCCUACGCUUGUUCAGAACUUUUAUCAUUCGACUCUCGCGCUCAUCGAUGAUGCAUUGCCUCAGCUGAGUCUGACAAGCCCAUCUUCAGAGCUUGACGGCUCAGAGAUGCUAUCGGGAGAUGAAAUUGCACAACGGAAAGCCAGCCGCUUAAGAGCCGAACGUCUACGUACAGAAUGGGCGGAAGAAGUAGAGAAGAGACUAUGUGAGGGCGAAUACGACAAACUUUUGUCCAUCAAGGACUCCGACGAUGAGGUCCGAGAUGAAGCUUUGGCCUCAAAAGUUGCCGCACUGAACAUCCUAGAUGUGACAUUGAAACACCUGGGGGUCGAGAUGGGGGAUGAAGAGGAGGUACAUGCAAUUGCUGUGGCUGUCAGUGCUGGAGAAGAACUACAGAAACUGAAUGAAGUACAAGCACCUAAGGCGAAAAUUGAAGUGCUAGUAACCACACACAAGAUCCUUGUCGAUGGACUUUCCGCUCAGCCGUCCGGGACUUCUAAUAACUCGCCAACAACUUCGGCUCACUCGGCUGACCUUAUUCUGCCAAUACUCAUAUAUACGCUCAUCAAAGCGAACCCGCCGUAUUUGGUAUCUAACCUUUAUUACAUUCAGAGAUUUCGCGGUGAAGACCUACUUGUAGGAGAAGGGAGUUAUUGCCUUACAAACUUGGAGGCUGCGGUGAUCUUCCUGGAAACUGUUGAUCUAACGAGUCUUGGGCUCCUGCCGCCCGAUCAUAUGCCGAGCGACAGUACUGGUGAGCUAGACUUUACUUUGACGUCCCAGAGAUUAGAGAAGAGCCUCACCGGAUCGCUUCCGUCUCACGCCACUUCAACAACCGCUUCGCUUGCACCUGAAGUCUCAAUUUUCACUGCUUCGGCCGAGAUUUCGACCCCUCACAACGCCCCAGCUCUCGCAGAUGAUAGCAUCAACUCUGCUUCAUCAGCCCCUCCUCCCCAGGCGGUGUCGAACCUUCGUGCCUCGGCGGACCAAGGGUUGAAAAGUCUGGGGUCUGCGCUUGAAAGCUCUUACAAACUCUUUGUUUCGCGCAUACCAGACCCACCCAAGACGCUCGAUGAUGUGCGAUCACUUGUCAUGGCCGCUGCCGAGCAAGUCAGCGAGCAAGUCGCUGCAGGAAAAGUCGAUAGGGAGCAACGUGAGACUCAUUGGAAGAGACAGCGGGCGGAGUCUUUGUCCAAAGUGAGCGCGGGUGCAAAGACCAUUACAGGAAGUUUGGGCCGACCUUUCAACUUUGUGAGAACGAUGUCAUCGAGCUUCGCAAGUGCGCGUCCGCCAAUUCCCGCGUUCGGGAAGGAUGCGGCUGCAAUUGAUUCGCCAUCCCAACCUUUGGCGGAGACUAUGAGUACACGCUCUAUGUCCUUACCUGGCAUUGAGAUUGCAGAAGAGGUGAUUCCGGUCGACAGUGUUAUGAAAUUAGCGCCUCCGCGAUUUGCGAAUAUGGAGGCAAGCGAGCUGAAGAUAGGCGAUGUCACGGACCUACUGGCUGAGUAUAAGAUGAUGGCAGAGACAUUGAAGCAGCUAAAUUUGUUUACCUAA